AUGGAGUUGUUUUGCUUGCAACUAUUGCUACUUAAAGUACCAGGACCAACAAGUUUUGAUAAUUUCAAGACUGUAAAUGAUGUCCAGUGUGAGACUUUCCAGGAGGCAGCUCUUGCUCUUGGUCUGUUGGUUAAUGACAGAGAAUGGGAUCUGUGUCUCACAGAAGCUGGCCAAAUGACAUCUUCCACAGCAGCAGUAAGAGCACUGUUUUCAUAUAUUCUUGUCAAUUGUUUUUCUGCAGAUCCAGCAGCCUCUAGAAAAAACACAAAGAUAGGAUGUCUAAUGAUUACUUUUUUGAAAUUCAAUGUAGCCUCCUUCACAUUGAUGAGUCACUUACUGAAGAAAAACAUCAAAUGCUAUUUCAGAGAGCUUUUAGUGAUGUUCAAGCACAAUUACAAAGCUAAAACUCUCUCGAGUUUACAAGCUCUUCAGAUAGUUGAGCUAAAAAGCUACAAUUCAGAAGAAAAACAAUACUGGAAAAUCUUUGCUCCUUAA